AAGCUGAUGUACCGGGCCAUCGGAUCCAUGGCGGAAGGGUGCGGCAAGCACUCCAAACAUUAUGCCUGUGUCCGCACUGCUUGUAGCGCUCGGUUUAGCCAGCUCCGAGAGGCUAGAUGGGCAGUGCCAAACACCAGAAGAGAUGGCUGCAGAGCUGAUCAGUUUGCGACAAAUCAGGAAUUCUCGGGAAACUUUGGCAGACUUCACGAAGCUCUACACCGCUACAACAAACUUGGAGUGGAAGAUGAGGACAUUUUACAACCUGAAAGAUGAGAACGACACGCAUGAUUGUGGUGGCAAGGUGGACACCUGGCAACUUGGCUGUGAGCUACCUCGACCGGGCAACUUGCACGACAUCAAAAGCCACGCUUACUACGUAGGAGCAAUACGAAAGCUACACGCAUUUCCUGUGCAAGUCGUGCAGUCGCUUGUGGCCUCCGAGUGGUAUCAUCCUGGAUUGACGUCCAGACCUGUGUGGUGUCUUGAUAGCUGCGAUCUGCCACUGGCUCAGCGACUUAAUGCGCACUUUGGCGCGGUGAGCAAGGAGUUGCUGCAUUUCUGGUCGCUGAAGCAUGAACUCAAGGACCACUUGAGAGGUGUGGGUGCCCACACCACCAGCUUCGACAGGCUCAUUGCUGGCAAUGGUACUUGGCAAGAUGUCCGUCUCUGGCGCGGCCGUGCCUUCGACAGGCAGCUGUGUGAUCGCUACUUCCGCGUGACCUGCAGUCUGGUUGAGGCGUCUCCCGAGGUGUGGACAAACCCAUGGAGCCACGUCUUGAUCAGUAUCUUGAUGCCCAACAGCUGGGUUCCUUUUCAUCAGGGCCACACCAACGGACAACUGACCUACCACUUGCCUGUGAUGCUACCAGAAGCUGGAGCCGAGCUGGCCUUGCUGGAGCGGGGCGGAACGCUGGCCGAGCAAGAGACAGGGAUCUUGACCCAUCCAGAGGAAACAACAGUUUCUUGGACUCUGGGAAGGACACUUGUAUUUGACGAUUCUUUCACUCAUGCAGUGCGUUAUCGACACGCGUGGAGUGAAGCUCACAGUUCAGGUGGCGCUCCUCGGAUGCUUUUGCUCAUGCGGGCGUGGCACCCCGAGCUCGAAAUGAAAGAGCGGAUGGCUUUGCGUGAGUUCAUACGUCGUGGCGGCGAAGAAGAGCCAGAAGGUUACGAAUGGCAAGACCUCUGCCUCACCCUACAAAUCACUGAGACAUGUUGCCUGCUCCGGGGCAAAUGGCGCCGUGAAACAUUGUGCAUCGUUGACAUCGCUGGUUAAAACCUGAGUUGCAAUUGAACACCGCCAGCUCACAUUCAGAUAGUGAUUGUUGCAACGUCC